AUGCAGAAGGUGUGGAGGGAUGCGUUUGCCAAAUGCUCCUGUAUAGAUGCUGUAGCCUCUAGAGAUGGCUUUCUGGGUAAUGUGAGAUUAGCCUCCCGAAAGAGUGUCACUGUUCCCCCAAGCAGUGAGUUGUUGGUGUGGGGGCGGGCUGAGAGUGAGCCACGUGGGGCAAACUACUGCGCCAUGGUAGAAGCUAUGCCUGAUGCUGGUGCCAUAGGUGUCGCCAAAUCGCUGGUUGUAGUGAAGGAUGGGAGUCUGCCCCUCCGUGUCUGUAACCCUCAUUCCUACAGCGUCUCUUUAAGUCGGUUUGAGAAGCUAGGGCGGCUGUCCAGUAUAGAGGAUGGGGAUGUGCAUGGGGCUGAGGAUCUCUGUCUGUCCCUGGUAGAGGAGGGUGUUGUAGAAGUGUCUCUGAUUAAUACAGCAGUCUCCCAUCCAGGCCCAGAACUGCCACCAGAAGUUGGAGACCUAAGCGAUCGGGCAGACCUAACGGCGCAACAACGGGAGCAGCUACGCACCCUACUGGCCAAGUGGGAGAAAGUGUUUGCUCAACAUAAGGACAAUUUUGAAAGGACCAACCUCGUGCAACACAAAACUCCAACUGGAGACUCCGCCCCGGUCAGGGAGAGGUACAGGCCCAUCACACGCUACUUCCGCCACUCCCGGCGGGCGCCACCGCAGGCCAGGAUUCUGGUCUAA